ACUUCAUAUAAGUAACAAAAUUCCAGUAAACAUGGGUUCUAAAGCCAAUUUUAAUAGUGGUAAUCUCAUACAAAGUUAUUACCUAUAUUCAGCUAUAUUAGCCUUAAAAUUGCUUGCAUUAAAACCCCUCGCCUCUAUCGUGUGUCAUCCAGAGAAAGUACAGCGUGCCAAUAUAAGUGAUCUCAAGAAUCUGACUCCUUUUUGGCUGGUAGCCGGUCUGUAUAUGACGACAUCACCGGACCCUGUAACCGCUCUUACUCUCCUAAGAGUGUAUGUCGUGGCCAGAAUAAUAGCUGCUAUUGGCUAUGUGACAAGGAUACCAUCAAUGAUGAAAGAAUUAGCUUUUUUUGUAUCAUUCACGAUAACCACAUACAUGGCUGCCUGUGUCGUUUUGAAGUAUAAUCACGCUCUGUGAACAUUUUAUGAAAUUCAUAAAGUAAAAACAGACUUACCAGCAACUUUGUUUGUGAGUAAUUUCAACAUUUAACUUUGAAAUUACGGUGUUU